UGAGAGGACAGACUGUAUAAACAAAGUAAACCACACUUACACGCAGUACAAGCGCUUUCAUUUCAGAAAUAUUCUUUAAAUGCCUACAGGACUGUGAACAGUUACUUAAUACACAACUCCAGGAGGAGCCUUAGCAUUAGCUACAUGUCAAGAUGGAUUUAACAGUCUUGUUAUUAUCAGCUCUGCUAGGAUUUCUCUCUCAUGUCGGAGCUAACACAGACAGUAAUCCAUGCAUUUCUGCAAAUGCCAAAACCUGUGGAGAGUGUAUUCAGAUCGGCUCACAGUGUGUGUGGUGCAAAGAUCCUGAUUUCAAACCUUCACGCUGCGAUGACAUUGAGUCUAUGGCGAAAGCUGGCUGCACUGCAGACGGUGUAGAAAACCCUCGAGGAGCGGUCACUAUUGACAAGAACAAACCCGUCACUAAUCGUAAAAUUGAUGGAGGACAGAAUCUGAGGCCCGAUGAGAUCACGCAGAUUCAGCCACAGAAAGUCACGCUGAACCUUCGCUCAGGAGAAGCACAGAAGUUUACUCUCAAGUUCAAGAGGGCAGAGGAUUAUCCCAUUGAUCUGUACUUCCUGAUGGACCUCAGCCACUCUAUGCUGAGCAAUCUGGAAAAUGUCAAAAACCUGGGAACCGAACUCACCAAAGAGAUGAAGGACAUCACGAAAGACCUGCGUAUAGGUUUUGGUUCAUUCUUUGGGAAACCUUCCAUUCAGAUGAACCCAUGUUUUCCAGAUAAUUGCAUAGCCCCAUUCAGUUACAUUAAUGUCCUUAGCUUGACGAACGAUUAUGCAAUGUUUACACAAGAAGUCAGCAAGCAGAAAACCUCUGGAAACCUGGAUUCUUCAGAGGCAGGAUUAGAAGCAUUGAUGCAGGCUGCUGUCUGCACGAACGUGAUUGGCUGGAGGAAUGUCACUCGUGUCCUUGUGUUUUUCACGAAUGCUGGGUUACAAUUUUCUGGAGAUGAAAAACGAGGUGGCAUUGCCCGUCCAAAUGAUGAGAGAUGCCUUCUUGUCAAUAAUAUGUACACCAGGAGGGACUACUCUGACUAUCCCGACAUCUCACAGCUGGUAGACACAGUUACUGACAAUAGCAUUCAGACUAUCUUUGCUGUGACAGAGCAGUUUCGAGAUCUUUAUCAGGAGCUGUCUGCUAAAGUGCCUAAAUCAGCAGUGGUGACACUACCCACCAAUGGGGACAAUCUGGUUAAGUUCAUCAUUGAUUCUCUGUCCUCUGAGGUGAUUCUGGAGAACAGCAAGCUACCUGAUGGUGUGUCCAUCUCCUACGUCUCCCACUGCAAGAACGGAGUGAGUGGAACAGGAGAUAAUGGGAGAAAGUGCUCCAACAUCUCCAUAGGGGAUGAGGUGUUGUUUGAUAUAGAAAUCACGGCUAAAGGCUGUCCAUCUAAAGGUAAAUCAGAGACCAUAAAGAUUAAGCUGCUGGGCUUCAGUGAGGAGGUGGAGAUCCUCCUCAACUACAUCUGUGAAUGUGAGUGUCACAAAGACGGGAUCAAAAACAGCCCCGAGUGUAGCGGAGGCCAGGGAACGCUGGAGUGUGGAGUCUGCAGGUGUAAUGAAGGUCGAUUAGGCAGAUUAUGUGAGUGUAGCCAAGAUCUGGAUGCAUACUGCCAGAAGGACAUGUGGUCAGGCAUCUGCAGCAACAAUGGAGAAUGUGUCUGUGGAAUGUGUGAAUGUAAGAAAAGAGACAACCCGGAGGAGAGAUACAGCGGAAGGUUCUGCGAGUGCGACAACUUUAGCUGUGAUCGCUUCAACAACAAGCUCUGUGGAGGUCACGGUCGAUGUAUGUGUGGGCAGUGUGUGUGUGAUUUUAACUACACAGGCAGUGCAUGCCAGUGCUCUAUGGACACCUCCAGCUGUCUGGCCACUAAUGCACAGAUCUGUAAUGGACACGGCUUCUGUGAAUGUGGACGGUGUAGAUGUUUGGACAAUUGUCAAGGUCCAACCUGUGAAAUCUGCCUAACCUGAAACAGUGGUGUGAAAAGGAAAAAAAUGACACCUGAAAACAAAUGACUCAAUUUAUAUGUCAUAUUGAGACUCAUGUUAUGUGUUUUAAUGAACUUAAAAUAGGUCAGCAAGUAGAUGUUGGUUGCUGCAAUAUGUUUGCAUGUUAUUUUAGCCAACAAAAAAAAAACGAUUUUGAUCUUACAGUAUAUACAAGAUUAAGAAAAUUUAUAUUUUUAGAAAUGCCUUGAUGCAUACAUACUACACAGAGUGAACUGACAUAAUCUCUAGGAUAAAAUAUGGGUGUUUCAAUUGGUUUCAGUGGUACAAUUUGUGCAGAAGAUCCUGAGUAAUCAUUUUUAUAGUGUAAUAUAGACAUUAAAUAGCAAAGUACAAUUGUAUCACUAAACAUUUAAGACUGAUUUGUCAAG